AUGGGUAAAGUUGGCAAGAAGAAGGGCCGCGAGUUGCAGAGUAUGCUGCAGAAUUUGAGUCCAGAGGAGUGGAAUGGGGAAGCGCCAGAUGGAGAAGUGCAAGACGAAGAAGCGCAGGACGAAGAAGUGCCAAACGAGGAAGCGCAAGACGAAGAAGCACAAAACGAAGAAGCGUCAGACGAGGAAGCCCCAGACGAAGAACCACCUCAUCUUGGUGCCAACGAAGACCAAGACUCCAUCUCCCUCCCCUCAAACCCCUACCCCGAAGACGACUUCCUCCUCCCCCUAACCCGACAACCCGCGCGAACCACACCACCCCCGCCCUUCCCCUCCCCUCCCAACCUAAUCAUACACCCAAACUCCUCGCCUGGACUAUCGAUUCCAUCACCCGGACUAUCGAUACCAUCGAACCCUUACCCAGAAGACGCACCAAACGAUGAUGAUGGUGUAGAAGGGGGGUAUACGUAUGCGCCUAAUCAUCCUUAUCACGGUAUGAGUGCUCAAGAGACGAGCGAGUAUUGGCUUGGGCUUGAGGGGUAUCAUACGGAGAGUGAGCGCAAUUUGAGGAGGGGUCAAGGGAGGGGUAGGAGACGGACGGUGUCUUCGCCUGUGCAGUAUGAUGCAGAGAGGGUGUUUGGGUCUGUGGGGGAGAGUUAUGAGGAUGGUGGUGUAGAUGGUCAUGGGGAACGGGCGGAUGAGGUUAGGCGACGGUAUCUGGACGCUUUGAGUGGUGAGGAGAGAAAGAUGGCGGAAGAAGAGGACGAGGAGGAGUUCGCCAUGAGAACUUCCGCUGGAGAGACCAAUGCGGGAAGGAAGAACAUGAUGAACCGGCUCCUAAGCACCUUUGCAUGUCGACCCGGAACCGUCACACCACUACACACCACCAUCCCCAACCCGACCAACCCAAACACCGCAAACGCAACCUCCACCCCCGCCGUACCCACACCCCCAAAGAAAUACACCCUAGCCUACCUCUCCCACAAAAUACACCGAACCCAAAAAAGAGAAGAAGAAGCAAAACUCCGAGAACGCCUCAUGGCCAUCCGCCUACCCGAAUCAUCUGCGCCGCGAACUCACCACAUCGAAAACAUCAACAACAAUAAUGACCCCACAGAAGUCCCCGUACUCAUCCCCAAACCCAAAGCGAAGAGGAGAAAAGACAGUACACAACCCAACCCACCUUCUCUUGUUCCGAACCUAGAAAGUCGGACGCAGAGUGUCAUUGGUCCGCCCGUUGGUCUUUCGCAGAUGAUUCAGAGGGCGCCGGGGAGUGUUAGGGUGGUGACCCCUUUGCCUGUUUCUGUAUCUUCAGAGACAGGGUCUUCAGGUGGAGAGAGGGGGGAAGAGGUUGAAGAGGAGGUUCAGCGUGGACCCAGACAAGAGCAUUCAGGCUCAAGUCUCAGUGACCGGUUGCGGAAAACGCAACUUGAAGAUUUACCUCUGCAACAGGAUGCAGCAAAGGAGAUACGGGAUCUGAUGAUGGCGCUUGAAAGGGAUCAACACCACUGUCAUCCAACUACUACACCCCCACCUCCUCAGCAUACCAACAUCACCGCAACACCCAACCAUCUCAACCCACCCACCCCACCUACCCAACAAGCAGACUCACUACCAGCCGGUUUCUCACGUCCAGAAACGACCCCCUCAUCGGGCCACACACAGCCCAGUUUGUCUGCGCACGAAACUCUUGAACGCCACUUCCGCACACAACGCCAAGUCAAUGAGCGUUUCAUCCGUCCCAUUCGUGCGAUAACUUCGCAGUCGAGUAGUCGGACGCUGCCGAGGAGUUAUCGGGUACCGGAAGAUCAUAGUAAUGGAAGGGGUGUUCUGCGGGUUACUAACGUGGUUGUGCAGGGAGAGGGAUUGGAGGGAAGUAACGAGGUUGGGGUUGAUGAUGAGGCCGAGGUUGAUGAAAGGAGUCGUGAUGGUGGUGGUGUGGAUAGUAUUGUUGAAAAUCAGCAAGCUGGUACUGGGGAGUUGGCAGCGGAUGGCGAAGAGCAGAAGGGUGAGUCUCUACUCCGAUAUAAUGGUGACGAGGAAGGUGGGAAAGAUGUGUCAGAGGCUGGAUGA